CCUACACAAUCAAUCCUCCAAUUACUGAAACCACACAAUAGCAACUCCAAAAACCUCAUAUAAAACAUCCAUUUUAAAACAUAAUCAUAUGUAGACACAUAGUACAAACUCCCCCAAGAAUAAGGAAAAUGAAGUCUCCUCUCUCUGCUUCCUCCUCCUCCGUCCUCAUCAGAAAGGCCCGUCUCUCUCCAUUUCUCUUCACUCUUCUAGCCUUCAUUGUCUUCGUUGCUAUUCUUUAUGGGGAAGACUUCAUGUGCCUCCUCGGCCAACUCGACCCCAAUUCCGGCAGCCUCUUGACAAGACUUGAGAAGAAGUGGGAUAAGCUACCUUUUGCCAUUGGGAAGACCCCAGAAGGGUGUGAUAUUUUCAGUGGGAGGUGGGUGAGAGAUGAGUCGACUCAUCCGCUUUACGAGGAAUCAGAGUGUCCUUAUAUUCAGCCGCAGUUGACUUGUCAAGAACAUGGCAGGCCUGAUAAGGAGUAUCAAUACUGGAGAUGGCAACCCCAUGGCUGUGAUCUUCCAAGUUUCAAUGCCACAUUGAUGCUUGAGACCCUAAGAGGAAAGAGAAUGAUGUUUGUUGGCGAUUCCUUGAACCGUGGCCAGUAUGUUUCUAUGGUCUGUCUUCUCCAUAGACUCAUCCCUGAAGAUGCCAAAUCCAUGGAAACUUUCGAUUCACUUACAGUCUUCACUGCCAAGGAGUAUAAUGCCACAAUUGAGUUCUACUGGGCACCAUUUCUUCUUGAAUCAAAUUCAGAUAAUGCUGUUAUCCAUAGGAUCUCUGAUAGGAUUGUAAGGAAAGGUUCAAUCAACAAACAUGGCAGGCAUUGGAAAAGAGUUGAUAUUAUAGUCUUCAAUACUUAUCUAUGGUGGAUGACUGGUCUCAAGAUGAAAAUCUUGCAAGGGUCUUUCGACGACGAAGUGAAAGAUAUCGUGGAGAUACCGACGGAGGACGCUUACCGAAUGGCAAUGAAAAGCAUGUUGAGAUGGGUUAGAAAGAAUAUGAACCCCAGGAAAACAAGGGUCUUCUUCACCAGCAUGUCACCUUCUCAUGGAAAGAGCAUAGAAUGGGGAGGCGAACCAGGUCUCAACUGUUACAACCAAACAACUUUGAUUGAUAAUACAACCUACUGGGGUUCUGAUUGCCGGAAGGGCGUAAUGGAAGUGAUAGGAGAAGUGCUUAGGAAAUCGAAAUUCCCCAUCUCAUUUCUGAACAUUACUCAAUUAUCAAGUUAUAGAAAAGAUGCACACACUUCAAUCUACAAGAAGCAAUGGAAUCCAUUGACUCCUGAGCAGCUAGCUAAUCCUGUUAGCUAUGCAGAUUGCGUGCAUUGGUGUUUACCUGGCCUUCAAGAUACUUGGAAUGAGCUUCUAUUUACUAAGCUGUUUUAUCCUUAGUAAAUGCAUUAUACUCGCAAAUCACAAGAAGUGAAUUAAGGUUUUUUUUUUUUUUUUUUUUUUGGAAAUGGGGUAUCUUGGUGUUGAUUGAGGACAAGUUUGAAAAUUUGCUGGAGUUGAUGUUGUGGAACUUUGGAGGAGUGAGGGAGGGGUAGUGAAAGAGAUGAAGAAGAAUGUUGUACAAUAGCAGUCACUGAUGUUGUAAUGGAAAAAUUCACAGCAAAAUUGAAUUUA